GGCUGGCGCGGAGGGCAAGCGCGAGAAGGCCCAGGUGCCGGCGAGCCCCGCCGGGGAUGGCCAGCCGCUUUGCGCCCGGCCCGACCCGGAGGGCGGUCAGGUGCAAGGGGGCGGGGGCUCCUGUCGUCCGGCCGCGGGACCGGGGCGGGCCGGCCGGCGGGGCAUUUAAACCCCGCUGACGGCCGGCCUGGGACUCGCACCCGGCUUGCGCCCUCCUCCGUCGACUGAGCUUCGGGUACUGGCCGAGCAAGAUGCGGUCUUCCCUGGCUCCGGGUGUCUGGUUCCUCCGCGCCUUCUCCAGGGACAGCUGGUUCCGUGGUUUCAUCCUGCUGCUGACCUUCCUCAUUUAUACCUGUUACCACAUGUCCAGGAAGCCCAUCAGCGUCGUCAAGAGCCGCCUGCACCAGAACUGCUCGGAGCUGGAGCCCGUCAACCACACCCACAGCCCCAAUGACACCACGUGGUGCAGCUGGGCCCCAUUCGACCAGGACAACUACAAGGAGUUGCUGGGGGCUGUGGACAACGCCUUCCUUGUGGCCUAUGCCAUUGGCAUGUUUAUCAGUGGGAUUUUUGGGGAGCGGCUCCCCCUCCGUUAUUACCUGUCAACUGGAAUGCUGCUCAGUGGCCUUUUCACGUCACUCUUUGGCCUGGGAUAUUUCUGGAACAUCCACAUGCUCUGGUACUUUGUACUCAUCCAGAUCUGCAAUGGACUCGUCCAGACCACAGGCUGGCCCUCCGUGGUGACCUGCGUUGGCAACUGGUUCGGAAAGGGGAAGCGGGGGCUCAUCAUGGGCGUCUGGAAUUCCCACACAUCCGUGGGUAACAUCCUGGGCUCCCUGAUCGCCGGCAUCUGGGUGAACGACCAGUGGGGCCUGUCGUUUGUGGUCCCUGGCAUCAUCACUGGGGCUGUGGGUGUCCUCACCUUCCUCUUCCUCAUCGAAUAUCCAGAGGAUGUUGACUGCACCCCUCCUCAGCACCACGGUGGACCAGACGAGGACCAGGACAACCCUGAGGACCCCGGGAAUGGUCCCUAUUCUAACAGGGACAGCAGCCUGGAGGCUGCAACCAGCUCCAAGGAGUCCUGCGCUGAGCCUGCUGCCAUCAGCUUCCUGGGGGCGCUCAGGAUCCCGGGUGUGAUCGAGUUCUCUUUGUGCCUGCUUUUUGCCAAGCUGGUCAGCUACACCUUCCUCUACUGGCUGCCCCUCUACAUCUUCAAUGUGGCCCACUUCAGCGCCAAGGAGGCCGGGGACCUAUCCACGCUCUUCGAUGUCGGCGGCAUCAUAGGUGGCAUCAUGGCAGGGCUCAUCUCGGACUACACCAACGGCAGGGCCACCACUUGCUGCAUCAUGCUGAUCCUGGCUGCCCCCAUGAUGUUCCUGUACAACUACAUCGGCCAGAACGGGAUCAUCAGUUCCAUAGUGAUGCUGAUCAUCUGCGGGGCCCUGGUCAACGGCCCUUACUCACUCAUCACCACCGCCGUCUCCGCUGACCUGGGCACUCACCAGAGCCUGAAGGGCAACGCCAAGGCCCUCUCCACCGUCACGGCCAUCAUCGACGGCACCGGCUCCGUAGGUGCGGCUCUGGGACCUCUGCUGGCCGGGCUCAUAUCCCCCACGGGCUGGAACAAUGUCUUCUACAUGCUCAUCUCUGCCGAUGUGCUGGCCUGUUUGCUCCUCUGCCGGUUGGUGUACAAAGAGAUCCUGGCUUGGAAGGCAUCCCUGAGCAGAGGCAGAGGGUAUAAAGAAAUAUGAGGCCCCGAUUGGAAGCGAAGCAUGGAGGGUCCCAGCGGGGUCCCCAAAGUGAAAGACACUGGAAACUUCCAUGGUUGGGUUUGGCAAAACCUCUUCCUCCAACAUCAGCCCACUCAGCUCAGCUUAGCCCAACACAGCUGAACUCAGCUCACAGGGCUGCUAAGGGAAUGGGAGAUUCUGCACGGGACGGGGACUGCCAAGCAUGAGGAAAUGGGAGAUUCAAGGGCCUGAGCUUGCGCACUGUGAUGGGAGCACUACUGCGGUUCUGCCAGGACCGGGACGAGGGUGAGGCAAAGAGCGACCUCGGGCACAGAAUUCAGAGGAACACUCGCUCUCGGGCCUGUGCACCUGCCGACCCUUGCCUUACGCUGGUCCUAGCCCGGCUGUCACAGUGGACGAUGACAUCUGGGUCAGCGUGGUUGUGGGGCCAGGAUGAAAGGGCAGGACUGAAAAUACCAGUGUGUGCAGUAAGAACUCUGAGAACGAAAUGCUGAUGGUUACUGAGUGCCCACUGCAUGCCUGCUCUUCUCUGGGGCUGGAGCCGACAGUGGGCACAGGACCAUGGUGACCUAAACAAGCAGGUCAUGAAUGAGCCAGCAGGUGCGUUCCUGUGGCUGCUCUGUGUGCAGAUCAUUGCGUGGGGCCACCCGUAGCCCCUUCUCUACCCUGUGUUCUAACCUCCCACCCCUGUCUUGGGAGUCCUGCGUUGCUACAGGUGGCACUGGCCCUUGGCAUUGCCACCUGACCUCUACAGCUGCCCAUCAGCGCCAAUACAGAUUUCUUUUGCCAGUGGUGCCUGUGCUCAUCCUUGGUAGGGUGUGGCAGGGCAACAAAUGGAGUCUCUACACCACAAGCUUGUGCUGGGGCUGGUGACAAGUGGCAUUCCCAGAGCAUGUGAGGCUUGAUGGUGUAGGAGCCUGGAGUCCCAUACAAGAUAACAACCGCAGCCUUUACCGGGACACCGUGUGGGCUGGUGUUUCAGCUGGAACUGAAACUGGAACCACAACCCUAAAAAGGUCGUGUACACCCCAGUGAUAACA